AUUCUUCAAAUGAAAAUUACAUUCUAUUAACGUCUGAGAAGAGGACGGAAGUCGCUCAACGCGUGAAUCUGAUAGGCUGAUUCGAGUCACGUGGGCGUCCUUUCUGUAAUCAUGGCUUCCGAGCGAAAGACUGGCGUUAGUGUCAAAGAUGUUGACCAACAUGAAUUCACAAAAGCAUUGGGUGCUUUUCUUAAAAGGUCUGGUAAAAUGAAAAUUCCAGAAUGGGUUGAUAUUGUAAAAUUAGGAAGAUUCAAUGAAUUAGCUCCUUACAGUCAAGACUGGUUUUAUACACGGGCUGCUUCGGUUUGCAGGCAUUUAUAUAUUAAAUCUCCUGUUGGUGUUGGGGCAUUCACAAAAAUAUAUGGAGGACGCAAACGAAAUGGUACUGUUCCCAGUCAUUUUUGCCCUGCCUCAGCUUCCAUUGCCCGACGUGUUUUACAGGCUCUGGAAAACCUCAAACUUGUUGAGAAAGACCCCAAUGGUGGUCGCCGUUUAACCUCUCAGGGUCGUCGGGAUUUGGACCGAAUUGCUUCCCAGAUAAAAUACAACCACCUUACCACUGGUAAUGCUGCUCAUACGAAAUAGAGAGUAUAAAUGUGAAAAAAAUUAUUAAAAAACAAUUGAAUUUAU